UCACUCGCACAUCUGGCCCCAGGGUGAUUGGCCGGGGCACCUCCGCCGCGCCUGCUGUCGGCGCGAUCAGCCCUGGGGUGACAGGAAGCGCGCUGUGGUCAGUCGAUCUAGUGUGCACUAACCAUGCCUCCGGCACGGCCCGGAGCGCCAAACUUUCACCAAGAACGCUCGGACGCUUCUAGGAUCGUGACGGCUCCAAAGGUGUUAAGGGGGAAAAAAGAAUAGAGGGGGCUGUCAGUUUGUCCUGUUACUGUUAGUGCUGCUGAAGACUGGAUGCUCUGGUACUCUGCUGCUGAAUCCUGUGACUGAGCCUCCUGUCUAUUUGUUUGUGUGUGUGAUUGUCUUAUCCUGGGGUCCCAAGGCUUUGCACUGGCUGAAACGCAGCCAUGGAGGUGGCCCUGGUAGACUUUGAGAGCCUGGAUGACCUUAAUGGAAGCCUUGAGGAUGAAGUGGACACCUAUGCUGAUGAGACUACAGCUCUCACAGUUGACCUGCCCCCAGAGCAGAAUAGCCCAGGGGGCAACUACCUACUGCAAGCCCCUCAACUUCCCUCUACGCCCUCCUACCACAGUCCUGUGCCCUCUUGCCUUUGGGAAUCCACCUCAUCUUUGCCCAUUCCACAGACACAAACACUGGGAGUACCACAGUCCCCAACGAUGCCAACCCCAAGCAGGCGGGGGCGCAGUAGCUGUGCCAGCAUGAUCUCCAACUGGAAAUUGCUACUGAGCAGUGAGGGCACUAAGGAAAGUGAGAUGAUCUUCAGCCGGCUCACUAAGGAGUGCUGCGAGGAUCUGUUUGUAGAUAAACGAGGGCUGGAUGAUGGAGACCAGAAAGUUAUUAUCAACAUUGCUGGUCUUCGUUUUGAGACACAGCUCAAAACAUUAGACCAGUUCCCUGAUACACUGCUAGGAGACCCUUUGAAGAGGAUGGACUACUUUGAUCCAAUGAGGAACGAGUACUUCUUUGACCGGAACCGACCCAGCUUUGACGGGAUCUUGUAUUACUACCAGUCAGGGGGUAAGAUCAGACGACCAGCUAAUGUUCCUCUUGAUGUGUUUGCAGAUGAAAUUCUGUUCUAUGAGCUUGGAAGCGAGGCCAUGGAGCAGUUCAGAGAAGAUGAAGGAUUCAUAAAGGAUGUUGAAAUCCCUCUACCUAAUAAUGAUAUGUAUAGGCAAUUCUGGCUUCUUUUUGAGUACCCAGAGAGCUCCAAUGCAGCUCGGGGCGUAGCAUUGGUGUCUGUUUUUGUUAUUGUCAUAUCCAUCAUUAUUUUCUGCAUGGAAACUCUUCCAGAAUUCAGAGAUGACUCUGACCCAGUGUUGCCCACAGCUGUACAACCUUUCAACCAAUCCAGAGCUUACACUUCCGUGGCUCCAUCUGGUGUAAAGCCCACAACUUUCUCUGAUCCCUUCUUCAUCAUUGAGACUGCCUGCAUUGCUUGGUUCUUCUUUGAACUGUGUGUGCGAUUUUUGGUCUGCCCCAGCAAAAAGGAUUUUUUCCACAACCUCAUGAACAUGAUUGACAUUAUAUCCAUCAUCCCCUAUUUUGUUACUCUGGUUACAGAAUUGGUCACAACUCCACAAGAGAGCUCAGGACAGAACAUGUCUUUGGCCAUUCUGCGUAUCAUCCGCCUUGUCAGGGUGUUUCGUAUAUUCAAACUGUCACGUCACUCCAAGGGGCUGCAGAUCCUGGGACAGACUCUGAAGGCCAGUAUGCGUGAGCUUGGCCUGCUCAUCUUCUUCCUCUUCAUUGGAGUCAUCCUCUUCUCCAGUGCUAUCUACUUUGCUGAGGUAGACGAGCCUAACACACAGUUUGUCAGCAUUCCUGAUGGCUUCUGGUGGGCUGUGGUUACCAUGACCACUGUAGGCUACGGGGACAUGUGUCCCAUUACCAUGGGGGGUAAGAUGGUGGGCACCUUGUGUGCCAUAGCAGGUGUGUUGACCAUUGCUUUGCCUGUUCCUGUUAUUGUUUCCAACUUUAACUACUUCUACCAUAGAGAGACAGAAGCAGAGGAUAAGUUGCCCUUGGCAGAUGCUGUUGAACAAGCCAUGAAGGCUGAGACAGGUACCAAACAGGGUAGCAACACCUCACUCAACAUGGCCAAUGGCAUCUGGCAGAGUGACAAAGGGAAAGAACUGUAGAAGGACACUGUUAAGGAGAAGGAGAGACAUUGCCCCAAAAUCAGGUGAGAAAUUUUAAAGAAGAGAAUAUAGAUGAAAUUAUCUGUAAUGAUUUCCAUCAAAUAAUGGUGUAAGGAGAUAUCUUGUUUUUACCUACUGAAAAAUAUGUUUUAUAAUGAUAUACAGGACAUACCGUAAAUACCUCUUUUGUUGUCUAUUAUGAAAAUGUUGAAAAUAACAGACAAGCGGAAGAAUUCACUAUAGUCAUGUUCAGGAUUGUAUGUCGGCAUACUUGUAUUUCAAGUUUACUUUAUGUCAGGAUCCCUCUUUUAGUUGCGUAGAGGCAGAAAAAAAUCCCUCAUUGUCAUAAUUUAGAAAUAUGUUUGUGUACAGUUGUUUUUAUAAUUUUGGUCUUAUUUUCAUUGUCUUGGCCAUUAAUACAAACGAUUAGAACAUUUUGCACACCAUCUAGGCAAGGACUCUUAACUUUAAAAAGCUGUGUCCUGGAGCCAUAAAACAGAAUUCUUAGACAGUCUUAGAAGACUUAGGUUCAAACCAGACAAAUUUAAUAAAAGGUAAAGAAUAAAGACACACGCCACAAGCCAAAAUGUUUAUAUUUUUUUAACUGUUUAUUGCAUUGCAGAGCCACUAAUUGGUUCAGCUUAUAGGAAUGACCUGCUGAAUGACCUUCCACUGCUGUCAGUAGCUGACAACUCAUCAGAUUUUUAUGAUGACUUAUAGGUUAUGGAAAGGUGAGCAACCUGUCGUGUGUGUGCAACUCACAAGUCCUACAAGUUAACUGAGGCAAUGCUGAAAUUGAGAUUUAUAUUGGACAAUUUGGGUAAAGGGUUUUAUCUCUCAUAUUCAAAAAUGCUGUGUGAGGCAUAUGUUCUGUUGUGCCCAGUAGAUGCUGCUGCUGCCUACAGAUGAACUGUGCAAACUCAUAACUGACAGGAAUGAUGGCCUGUUCUAACCAAAUAAGACCAAGGUUUUAAAAGAGAAAAAAAAAUAUGAAAAAAAAGUCACUAACACAAUUUUCCUAUGUGUCUUGAAUGCGUAACUUGUGUAUAGUUUCUAGAUCAUAGCCCUACUGUGUUUGUUUGUUUAUUUAUUUAAAAAUGUAUCACAAUUCUAUUUUAUUUAUUCAGUCUCUUUGAUAAGUAGCUUGGGUAAGAAUCCUCCACAAUAAAUAGCAGUCUAAAUUAUUCCACAGUAUGUAUCAUAAUGGAGUGCCUUAAAUUAUGUAAUUGGGAUACUGUUGAAUUCGCCAUACAUAAUCUUACCGUAAUACCUGUUCAUCAUGCAUAUCUGCUCUGUAUUUUUUAUUUCAGGGUUGAAAAAACACAGUAAGUGAAAGAGAGAAGGAAGAGGCCAAAGAUAAUUGCUGAAUACAGGGAAUAAAGGGAACCUUUGCAGGGCCAGGGGACAUAAGGUCAGAAUGUCCCAUGAUCUGUCUUAUUUUGUGAGAAUGGUUUUGAAUUAUACUGUAUCAGUGUAAUGUCAUAGUGAUAUGUUUUAUGAGUAUUUCUUUUAUAAUGUGUUUUCUGAUUAUAAAAGAAACAUUGGAAAGUAAGUGAUGUAUAAAUCCAGAUCCAGGAACACAAUAUUAUCUCAAUAUAGCUUUAGACUUGUGUAAUGUCUGAAUUUCUGGUUGAGUAUGGUCAAAUUAAGAUUAUAUGCAUUUGUAUGUGUUUUCUGUGUGUUUGACAAUCAGCUUCAAGGCGAUAAUGAUGAUUAUAGUGAUUACACAGGAUAUCAGUUUAUAUGAUGUAGUCCGUCCCUUGUCUGUAAAGUCACAGUUGUACAACGAUUCAGAGUUAGACUGACCUGAAGUGAUUACCUGUGUCAUCAUGGGUUCAAAAGGUAAGAGUUUAUUACACCAACAAGACCAUUAC